UGAUUUUCAUGAGUUGACUGACGCCCUUCUCUUAAGUCCCUCCCAUUAAUUUUAAAUGUCGCCCUUCCCAUGAUUAACACCUUUACUCAUCCCUUUGGGACGCUGGAUGAUCGUACUCAUCUACUAUACUGCUGAUAUAAGAAAGCAGUCUACCUAAUUUAAUAUACUUAUAUAACACAUUCUCAAACAUCAGCUUGAUCUCGAUUAUACGUCUCAUCAAUCUCGUUGGCCAUGACGACGUAGUGAAUAGCUAUCUCACCUACUCAUCGACGAUGAGAUCAUUUACCGAUAACCGGGAUCUCAUACCAGACAUCUAUCCCGGGGGAAAGGAAGCACACUUAAGCCAUCCUCUGGCAUGAAGCCGAUUAACCUUCCCUUCGUCUAGAACAAUUCGUUGCCAUAUCGACCCAAAUGUCUCAGGACUAGACCCGCUUUCACUAUACACACGCACAGCAACGGAGAAUAUAGAAUGUCUCAUAAGCAUGUGCCCUACAUUCUUCAACCAAGUAAUCUCCCGCGAAACUAGCGAUCGGACUAGUGAGCCGCAUCGCCUAGUUAUCGCUUUCGAAUUCCAUACCAGCGUGACUGAUAUACCCUCCACCAUGCCCCUACAAUAUCUCCCUUUGACUUUCUCGCUCUCUUUCUUUUGAGACUAAGUCUUCUUGCUACUGCGUCCAGGAAAGCGAAAUCCACGCAGAAGCAUGUCGUUUUCCAAAUUUCUCACGUUAUCGGCGACGGGGUUGCUGGUUUGGACCGGACAGGCGGCGCCCGCGUUUAGUAAUGUUACGAGCAAUGUACCGGCGAACGCGACGAAUUUUUAUAAGGGAGGGGCCCAGGUUCUGUCGAUUCCGUUGAGACGGGUUGAGCAUCAGGGUGUUGGGACGCCGAGUUUGGCUAGACGGUAUUUUAAUUCGGAGGUUUUGGGGGUUUAUGGCGCGGCGUAUUUUGCUGAGUUGACGAUGGGCACUGGUGAUGACCCUCAAUCAGUCAGCGUGUUAAUUGAUACGGGUUCGUUCGAGUUAUGGGUUAAUCCGGACUGUUCCUCGACGAAUGUGAAGGAUUACUGUGAUGCUUUCGGGCAUUACGAUCCAGCUCGGUCCCCAUCGGCGAAGAACCUCAACAAGAAUUUUGGGAUUCAAUAUGGACAGGGCAGUGCGUCGGGCAGCUAUUACACAGACGACGUGUAUAUCUCGGGCGCAAGGGUUCAAGACCAGCAAUUCGGUGUCUCGAACACGUCGAGUGAUGUUUGGUUUGGUAUUUUGGGGCUAGGUCGUGGUAAGGGGGGUGGCGUUGUUGAGUAUUCUUCUGUCGUCGAUUCGUUGGCCGCUCAGGGGUACACGAACAGCAAACUGUUCAGCUUGGAUCUAGGUGAUCAGCCUGGUGGUACAGCGGCCGUCACGGGAGAAAUGGUCUUUGGUGGCGUCGACACAAACAAGUUUUCGGGUAACUUAGCGAAAGUACCUACCGAUCCUUCGGACCCACACUACGUUGUAACACUUAACUCGCUUACUCUCCAAACGCCCGACUCUGCCCCUGCCUCUGGAUCCGACAAUGCCGUUUCCCUCGUCGCCAGCGAGCCAAUCACCGAUUCUAAUAUGCCUCUUCCUGUUGUUGUUGAUUCCGGUACGACGCUUUCACUCCUCCCUGAGUCUAUGGUAUCCGCACUGGCAGCCAAGUUUUCGGGUUCUAAAUCUGACGGUAACGGCGGUUACACCGUACCAUGCUCCCUACGUGACGAAGCCGCGGGCGGCACUCUGGACUUCGAGUUCGCGGGCGAAGGCGGUGCUCCGGUCGUGAUCAAUGUCGCGUACAGCGACUUCAUCUGGUAUGGUGGAAAUGAUCAGUGCUUCCUCGGCGCUUGGUAUACUGGGGAUAUUGGGGUGUGGAUCUUGGGUGAUACUUUUUUGAGAGGAGCCUAUGUGGCCUUUGACCAAAGCAACGAUGCCCUUUACAUGGCGAACUACAUCCGAUGUAAGGAAGAAUCCAAUCUCGUUGCCGUUCCUGCCGGUCCCGAUGCCGCGGCCGACAUCCCGGGCUCCUGCAAACCGCCUGCCGUAGCGCGCCCCGCAUCUCCGACUAAACCGUCAUCGGAUGAUCCGCCGCCCACUCCAGCUACUACAACGGUCGCUGUUCAGAAGCAAGCCAGCGCUACCCCGGAUGAAGACUGCGAUGAUGACGAUGAUGUCAAUAUUCGGAAAAUGCACUUCGAGACAUCGACUGCAACGGAGACAUUCACGAGUACGAUGAUCCGACAUGCAGUGUACACGAUGGACGGGCAAAAGGUAACGACCAGCCACGAAACUAUCGUCGCAACAUUCUGCCCCGGCGAUAUCAUACCUCCAUCUCCUGCCCCUCCAGCCCCUGCUCCACCGCAUCCGCAUCCGCAUCCACAGCCGGAGACACAUGCCCAUACCACAACAAAACCAGUCGCAGCAGCAACCCGCGUGGCAACAAUAACUACCGAAGAGCACCAAGUCGUCGCCACAGAAACCUGCUCAACCCGCAUCUACGCCGUAACAUCCUGCGAACCCUCGGCCGAGGACUGCACAAUCGGCGCAACAACGACGGAAGUAAUAACCCUCUUCCCAACCCCCCACAUCCACGCCAACCCAUCUCCCCCCUCAUCACCACUACAAGCGCACUACGACGGCCCCCAAAUAUCCUACUCCACAUACUACACCCCCUCCCCAUACCCCCAAUCCCAACCCCCAUCCCCACCACAGCAAAACAUAGCCAACGGCAUGAGCGCAGGUGUAAACUACGGCGGUAUGAGUUGGGGUUUCAACAACAGCAGCUCUAAUCUCGCGGGCGUAGCUAUUGCGGGCGGUGAUGCAAGUCGUGGAAUAGGAGCUAUCGCCACGCCGACGAGGACGAGAGAGGGUGUUCCUAUGGGACCGACUGCGUCGCAGACUGAGUUUAUACUACCUGCUUCUAGCGCAGUGGGAAGGAUAGGAAUCCGAGUAGAAGCUGUCUUUUUGUGGAGUACGGUAGUGGUGGGGGUGAUGACGUGGGUGGCGUUCACAUAA